CGGUGAUGUUUCUGGCGGUGCCUCUGGCGAUGUCUCUGGCAGCGGUAAUGUUUCCGGCGGUGCUACUCCUACUGUUGUUUCCGGCCCCAGUGGUACUACUGUCUCCUUUGGUACUACCACCAGCGUCUCCCUCCCUGGCGGUGGUCUCUCGGCUGGUAUCUCGGGCAGUGGCAGCGUCAGCGGCAGCGGUGAUGCUGGCGUAGGUGCUGACACCGGAGCUGAUACUGGUGCGGGUGCUGACACCGGGGCAGGCGCAGGUGGUGAUGCAGGACUCGAUGCUGGAGCUGGAGGCGAUGCCGGCGCCGACGCCAACGCCAACGCUAAUGCCGAUGCUUCCGCUGAUGGAGAUGCUGAUGCCAAUGCUGAUGCUGACGCCACCGCUACUGGUGGCGGUUCUGCCUCUGCUAACGCUAAUGCGUCGGCUUCUGGCUCUGGGCACGCCAGCGCUAACGCCUCUGCCAACGCCUCGGCCAGCUCUUGAGUUUCUUCGACAACAGUCUGCUCAACAAGCAACAAUGAC